GGUGGAGACUUUGUGGCUAACUUAUUUGAGGACUUUUCAGAGCAACAGCGCGGGACCAGCACAUUCCCAACGUGUUCGACCGAUCCCAGUAGUUAUGAUACCGACCGGCUCACCGAAUUCCAAAUAAAAAAGGAGGUUGAUACAUUUGCAUACAACUUCGAUUCGUAUACGUUUUCCGAGUUUUGCGACGAUGAAAACAAGUUUCUGAAGCGGCGUGGGCCUCGAACGACUAUCAAGCAGAAUCAGGUGUGGUUUCAAAAUCGUCGCAGCAAAGAGCGUAGGUUGAAGCAUUUGUGCAAUUAUUUACGACAUUACGAGCAGCGAGGUCUUCUACCUCCUCCAAUUCAAUUCACGACCGGCGAGGGCCAGUUCGAUGAGGACGAUGAGGAAGACUUGAGCGCGGUCAGGAGGCAUAACUGUGCUCGUAUGCUGCCAGGAAGACUCGAAUAG